AUGAACAAAAUUUGUAACACUGUUGAGUAGUUCUCUGAAUAUACAGAGUAGCCUUAAUAGGCAGUAGUAUACUCAACUGUGCAUGAAAUUCCUGAAAUUAAGGAUUAAAUAGACGUUAUUGCUUCCGAGAUACUCCGUAUCACCCUUGAUGUUAAAAAAAAAAAUAUAAAAGACAUUAACAAAAAUUUUUAAGCGACUUUAACAAAUUACUUCUUAGAAUGUUAAGUUUGUUAGCUCUUAACUAAACCGAUGAACUUGUAGUAUAAAAGAGAUGUAAGAAAGAUUGUUGAAUAGGUACUUGACAAGCUCCUCAACUAAGAAACUACAGAACUCAAAAACCCUAAACUGUCUUCUAAGUUGGUUUAAAACUGGGAUAUCAAUAGCAUUAUUCAUCACAUUGAGCCAAUCAAUCAAAACAAUCAUAAUUAUUAUUGCUAAAGAAAAGAGACUUUGUCCUCUGAUGUCCAUAGUACGCAAAUUAAAUACCAAAAUAUGAGCCAAAAUUCAGAUAAAUUGAAUUGUAAAAGGUCAUAAAAUUAGAUUUCGUAGCCUAAGCUAUAGCGCUAAGUGCAUAGCUCUUAGUAUGUUAAAAAAGAGAAGAUAGCCAAAUACAUAAUGCUGAUCGGUAUUUACGGUGACUUUAUAGAUUCUUUUGGGCUUCAAAAAGAAUUCGUUUAAGCUCUUGUUGAUAAUAUUAAAAUUGGUUCAAAUACCUAAAUUUUUUAGGUGGACUCACAGAAAUACAUUACAAUGUACUAAAAAAAACUGUGUGCCAUUCUUGUAUUAUAACAUUACUUGCGUAAGCAAGACAGAUUUAACUUCAAAAGCUUUUGUGAUUUAUGGAAUUCAGUUUUUUUAAAUCACAAAUUAUUUUACUUUGCCCGUGAGACAAAUGUCAUCUAUAACAAAACAUAAACAUGCAGCCUGUACGAAGACUGUAACGGCAACUUUGACGCUAAUUCGUAAUAACAAAAAAAAAAGAAAUGUAAUCAGCUAAUUAUAAAUUUUUACUAGUAAGGUUCUCAAAUCAAAAAGCAAAAAAUAAAUGACAAAAGUGUAGGGAUUGCAUAUCAAAAAAAUUAAACGUUAAUUAGAAAAUACGAAGAUGAAACAACAAAAAAAUCAAUGGCUAACUAUAAAAGUAUUCCUUAAAUCAGUCCUGUUGUAUUUUUAAAUUACUAUGAAUGGGCAUAAAAAUCAUUCUUUGCAAAUAACAAUAAUAAUUUUUGGGACAAUUCACAAGAAUUGUGUUAAUAGUUUAGUGCUAGAUAAACAUAAUGUUAAAAUAAAAACAGUAAUUUAGAUAAUUAUGAAUACGAAGCAAUUUAAGAAGAAGCAGGUAAUAAUUGUCUCAUUAAUUCACCCUUAUAGUCUUCAAUAUCUUUAGACUAAAUUUCUCAUCAAACAUAUAAAAAAUAAUAACUAAAUUUAACAAUAAUUUCAAAUAGUAUAGAGAAUAGAGAGAAAAACUAAACUCUUGUUAUAAUUCCUAGCACUUCUUAUAAAUAUAAAGCAAAAUAAAAGAAAUAAAAUUAAUGCUAAUAACAAAAAUAGCAAACAGAAUUAACAGAGAUCACUCAGCUGUAUGAAGGCUUUAGCAGAUUUGAAAACUAGUUUCAAAAUAAUGUAGAAAAUUUCAAAUAAACUAAACAAACUACCAAUUGCACUAAUGAAAAUAAAUUUGGAUUAGUUUUAAAUUAGCAAAAAGCCGCUGAAUGCUCUACUGCGAAAUACAGAUAAUUACAAUUAAAUAGUAUAAAUCAUCAGCCGGCUAGCCAAAUUCUAGAGUACUUAUCUUAAUUUUUUAGUACUACAGCUGACUGCGAUUAUCAAAAAAUUAAGCAAAGCUGA